AUGCCUACCCGUCGACUCAGUAAGUUGCCUGAGGGAGUGUGGUGUCUUGCUAUUUCUACCUGCGUCUUUCCGGUUCAGGGGCCGGGGAGGGGGUUGACGAUCGGAUGUGGGGCAUCGAACUGGAACGUCAUCCUGCAGAGCGGCAGCACGAGACCCACAUCUUCAGCCUGCGAGGUGCUGCAUCGCUGACCCCUACAUUUUUGCUCUGUUACAGAUCACACCAUGUUCCGCAGUAAGCCAAAACUGACGAGAGUGAAGUAGACUUGACGGUGUAGCUCACCCACGCCCACGCGACGAUCCGCUUGAUAUGACCUUCCUCGACCUCAGUCCGCGACCCCAAGGUGGGUGAUCAAGUCCUGUUGCACCAGCACCUUGUCGAGCUGACGUAAAGAGUUGUCACGUACAGGUCUCGCUCAAGUUCUACACCGAAAUCUUGGGCAUGGAGUUGCUCGCCGAGCACCCUGGCGGAGACUUUACCAACUACGUGAGGGGCCCCAUCGCAUCUCAUGCAAUCCAAAGCUUCAGGAAGCCAGUCUAACUUGUUUAUUUUCUCUUCCUACACACUCUAGUUCCUCGCGUUCCCUCAAGACGGCGUUGAUUACUCCAAGAUGAGCAAGGAGGAAAAGUCCAAGAGCAAAUUUGGCCGCGAGGGUAUCCUCGAAUUGUGCCACAACUGGGGGUGAGUGUGUACCACUUUGUCAACUUUAUUGCUCAGAUAAAAGACGAAGCUGACCUUGCGUCAACCACCGCGGGCACAUUCUGUCGGGCCAGAACGGAAUCGUGAGUUUUUGGGCCCCACUUCCAGAUGGCUCCCGAGCGUUCUGACGAUGAGACCUUCUCAUAUGUAGUGACCCCGAGUUCAAGGGCUACGCGAACGGCAACUCUGACCCCGGACGCGGCUUUGGCCACAUCUGCUACACCGCCGACUCGCUCGAGGACGAAGUGGCGCGUUUGACCGAGCUCGGCGUACCCUUCAAGAAGCGCCCCGAGGACGGCAAGAUGAAGAACAUCGCCUUCAUCCUCGACCCGGAUGGGUACUGGAUUGAGCUCAUCUCGCACAACAUCCAGCUUUGA